UCCGGAUUUGACAAACGUAAACUGUCAAAAUAGAUUCUACCUAUAAGUUUUAGUAAAAUGGGUGAAAUAAUAACGGAAUGGAUCGCAAAACGAACUGGGAUAAUUUUAGAUUUAAAAGAGAAAAAUCUUGUUGAAUACAUAAAAGACGGAAAACUUUUGGCGCAAUUAAUUUAUAGCUAUGGCAUUAUCGAUAAAGAAACGUAUGAUUCCAUUGAAUCAUCAGAACAACCUAACAAGGCAGCAGAGAACUUUUCAAGAAUUAAAAUAUGGUUAAAAUCGGUUAAUAUAGACUUCGAAGACCGUUUAAUCAAUAAAUUAGUCUAUGAGUCAAAUAACAGUAGCGCAGUGAAGUUAUUUUAUCAGUUAUAUCUAGCCCUGAAUGAUAAAGAUAGAUUACAUUUUAUUGUGCAGAAAUUUUCAAAUAAGGUAACUCCUCCUCAGAGUAGAUUCACAGUUGAAAAGGUAGAAGAAUAUCCUGACGUUGAAGUGAAAGAGGAAGUUUGUGAAGAAUUUUUGAAGCAACAGGAUGUUAUAGAAUGGCAAAGGUUCAAAUAUAAAAACAUGCUUGAAAAAUUCAAGGAAGCACGCGAAAAAUACCUACUCCAUCUGAAAAAUUUAGCAGAUGCAGAACAUUUAGCAACAGUCCCUAUGACAGUAACAUUAACCCAGAAAAAGGACGAAUUAACAGAAAUAAAAAAACUCCCCAUUGAACCGCCUAAAAAUAAAACGUACGAAGAAUUGAUGGAAGAACAAGUGCAUUUUCAAGAAACGCCUCCCCCUUUAAUCGACUGCAGAAAAUCGAAUGUUUUCAUCAACAAAAUUCGACAAAAACGGAGACACAGAGAACGCCAAAAGACCUUACAGGUCCAAAUGCAAAAACUCUUGCUACAAGAACUAUGGGAAAAAAUUAUAUCUGAGCAAGAAAAAGAAAUUAACGAAUCCUUAAGAACGGUGCUUACGCAACAAGCCAAGUACGAAAGGCAAAUGGCGAUGAAGAUGAUGGACGUUCGAGAAGAAAAAACACAAAUCGUAGAGAACAAAAAGAAGGCUGUACGCAAGGCACAGGAAAAAAUAGAAAGCGAAAUAACAUACAGCGGUUUCCUAGAAGAAAAACAAUCAGACGAUUUAAUUCGCAGUUACUACGAAGAAAAGGCGAGAAUGCUGGAACUACAUCGACGAUUAUACGCCAUCAGGCAGUGCCUAAAGAAACAGAGAAACUGGGAAUUUUGCAGAGAAAUCGUCAGAGAUCUAACGGACAUUGCCAUACGAUGCGGCGAGUACAAAGAACAGCACGAAACUGACGUUCCCAAAGAACUAAAAGACGACAUGGUCCGUUUGUUUGUCAAAGAGCAACCAAUAUUUGAUCUCCUCGAACAAGUGGACGAUGUCCUUCAAGAUUAUUUCACAGAGGAACCGUCAGAAAUAAUAAACACUUACGAAACCAUUCGAAUGGGCUACUUGGACGAAAAAGAUUUUGAAAACUAUAACGUUCAAAAGUGGCCGUGGGAAUUAAGCUUUUUAUACGACGAUUACGAUGAUUAUGCUGAAAUAUUUCAGGAGAAGCUCGACAAAAUUGAAUUGGGAAUGAACGUUUUGGGCCAUAUUGUCCACUGGCUUUCCAUGUCGUUUACGUCUCCACCGAUAAAUAAAAAACCACCGGACAUUAUCAAAGCAAGACCUGCAGCAUGUGUCGUCGACAUCCCGAAGCCCGACACGGUUUUACCAACUCUUAAGCGUCUCCUACAGCAAAAUAACAUCAGAGUGAUCGAAAUUCAGGAAGUGAUCGACUUUUGUUUGCAAGCGUACAAGGAAGAAGCUACGGACAACGUUGCAACCGAUACGCUAACCGACGAAACAGAACGUGGUUUGCAGCAAAAAGCGGGCACCUUAAUCGAUGCAAAGAAAAAAGGAGAAAAAUCGAAAGCCUCUAAUGCUAAAAAGGACAAGAAAAAGGGAAAUGCUGCUGCUCAACAACCUGUCCCACAAACGAGCAACGAACCAGCUGUUGUUACAAAGGCGCUACAAACCCCAAAAAUAUAUCCAUGUGAGCAAUUUCAGUUUAGCAGAAAAGCGGAACUGGGUCUCAUGGCUCACGAGAUUCUCAGUUUAGGAGAUCCGAUACCAGAUCGCAUUAUUGCAGACAUGAUUACCGAAUACCUUCUGACACUUAAAAAUAUAAAAGGUUGGGUUAUAGUAAAUUAUCCGAUUGACUUUAACGAAGCCACCUGUUUGGAGGAAGCCCUAACAGCGACGCCAGUACCUGUGAAAAAUAUGCAAAAUCCUGACGAACAAUCCGAAGAACUGUCCGAUUUUGCGAAUAUAGAAAACAGGAUACCUGGUUGUGCUACCAUUCAAAAGGAAUGGAAAUCUCGGAUUGUACCGAAACCCGAUCGUCCCAUCGAAGAAAUAUUUUACGAAACAUUCCUAACUGCAUUCAUCAAGAUGAUCCCGUUCAAGCAGGAGGAAGAGAACAAAGAGGAUGAAUUCGAUCCCGACGAUCCAUUUGAAGAGAAAAAAAUGUCUAACAUAGAAGCAUUCUAUGCCAAACAAGGAUGCUAUUAUACCAUGACAUUUAAAAACCUAGACUUCACUACCAUCAAACACUUGGGCCGUUUGAUUGUCGGUGAUUUCACGAUUCCGCCAAAAGCGUCCGUCGAAAUAUUCGGAGACACGGUUUUAUACAUUGAAGACGAAUUAAAACAGGCCGCGAAGCCUGGCAAGGGCGCUAAAUCUCAAAAGAAGGGCAAAAAAGAGGAAAAACCUAAAAAGGUCGAAAAGAAACCACCACCGAAAGAAGACAAAAAAGAUAAGAAAAAAGGCGCAGGCGAUAAGAAAGCCAAGGGUGGCAAAAAAGGCCCAGACGCAGUCAUAAAAGCUGUAGCAAUGGAAGAUAAAGAAAUACAAGUUCCAGAAAUAGAACCUGAUGUCAUAGUAAUUUAUGAGGAACCACCGCCUCCUCCAAAACCUGGCGAGUUCGAAUGGAACUACGUCACAAUAGAAUUCCCUCAUAAACUGAAAGUAGCUUUGGCUACUUUAUGGAUGACCGCUGAAGAAAUCUACGUAGACGACUUUCAGCAAUUGUUCUUUUUCCAAAGGAUGAUACUGAACGCCGUCUGGCCAUAUUUCACAUUUUUGCGGCAAAAUCUCCGUACCUUUCUUACCAGACCUGACAUGAGACCAAUCUAUUUGUAUAAAUUUCAACAAAUGUUCAACGAGUUUGAGCAGGAUAUGAGAGAGGACGACGAAGUGAAGGCGGAACUGCAUUGCAGAAUAGCCGAAUUUCGCGAGAAACUACUGGAAAUAUCCGACAGGCGAAUGAUCGAAGCGGAAGAAGAAAGACGAAAAAUGAUGACCAAUUAUUGGGAGGGAAUGGAGGCUUGCGAACUCGGUAACGUUUACGUCAAUUUCAUGCAAUUGGAAAUGGAUAGGUGCGCAGACACUUUGUUUCUUAUAACUGAUUAUUAUACGGGAGUGAUUACUAAGAUGCCCUACGAAGAACCGUUUCCGACUAAAGAGAUCUUAGAAAAAAUUGAGACNGAUGUAAUGUAA